AUGAAAGCAAGUGUAAUGAAAUUUAAGACACUUUUUCAGAGUUCAAUUUACGCAUUAAGGAAGCAUUUCCUUAAAAAAAUUAAGUAAGCCUUUGCAGAUAAGCAUUUACUUAAAUUUCUAGAAAACUUAAUGUAGAAAACACUGAAGCUAAAAUUAAAAUUGGCUGCUUCGAAGAAGUCUUUUUUAAUGAUAUUAGAAAAAGCCAAACAAGAGGAAUUGAGGAAGUUGUCAGAAUUUAUAAAUCUUGAUGAGUUUUUGCUCAGUGUAAUUGAAGAUUUUCCAAAAAGAAAUAUGAGAAAUAAAGUUAAUUUAAACGUUUUACUUACUGAAUUAUAAAAUUUGGAAAUCACAGAUAUAGACUUUGAAUUUAGGUUAUCAAAGUAAAAAGGAAUAAUAAAAUCCCUACUAUUUAAAUAGACUAUAAAUCAAAAACUGAUUGAAGAUGAAGGAAAAGAAAUCGAGUUGAUUGGGAAGGAAUUAGGAAAAUUAUUCAUUGAGGUUUCUCCUUCCAAAUUUUAAAUGUUGAAAAUUAAGAAAAUUUUCGAAGAUGUAAAAAUUGAUAAAUCCUUAAGGAAGCUGAUGGAUGAAAAAUUAAAUUCAUCAACAUUGAAAUUAGAGAAAGAAAAAUAUAUGAAAGCUAAAAUUAUAUGUAAAAAUUUAAUUUCUAAAAAUGGAUUGAAAAAAGAGCAUAAUUAUUUAAUUUUAGAAAUUUAAAUUUUUAAAUAACAGAAGUUAGCAAAAUCAAAGAAAAUUCUUGUUUAACCAAAGCAAAGGUCAUAUUCUAUUUCCUUUUUUUUUCAUUCAUUAUUAUGA